CGGAUUUGCCUUUCUGCAGACCAGAUCUAUAGCCUAUACCAUCUUACGCACUGUGCACUAGCUUGUGCAGGCUGCAGUAAGUGUUUAGUCUCUGCAUAUAAACGUCGCAUCACCCGCACUUAUUCAGGUCUCUACGCGACCCAUCAUUCCCCAUACAUCACCGAGAACGAGUGAAAUCCAUAAUGCCAUCCACCUUCCAUCUCCCCUCAAUCGACAUCACCCCAUAUCUGGCCGACCCCACCAGCACCGCCGGUCAGAAGGUCCUCGACGAAGUACGCGCAGCCUGCACAUCAACCGGCUUCUUCCUGCUCCGCGGCCACGGUAUCCCGCGUGAACUACAAGAUUCCCUCCUUGCCGGCGCUACCAAAUUUUUCGCCCUCCCAAACGAAGUCAAGCUCAACCUUGACGCCAAAAACAAUGUCGGCUUUUUAGGCUACGACCCCAUGGGAUCCCACUCUUACGAGGCCAACGUCCUACCAGACCUCAAGGAAGAAUAUUACUACGGGACCGAAAUCCCAUUGGACGAUCCCCGACUCGCAAACGGAGGCUUCUUCCAAGGCCGCAACGUCUUUCCUCCUACCGAGCUGCUCUCCGACGAAAGUUUCCGCAAACCCCUCGAAGCAUACUACGAUGCCCUGAUAAAGCUAUCCUGGAUUGUCUUUGAUCUGGUCAUCGCCACCAUGCCCUACGACCCACACGUCUGGGAUGACUGCAAGGCCAAUACCCCGGUAUUCCCUCUCCGGCUAUUGCAUUACCCGCCCGGGUCUGAGCAUAUUGAUGGUGAGAGUCGACAACUGAGUAGCAGCGCGCACCGGGACUUUGGCGCCGUUACGCUACUCCUGCAGGAUGGUCAUUCUGGGCUGGAAGUGCAGCACCCGGAGACCGGAGAGUGGAUCGGCGUGCCUCCAGAUCGAGACACCUAUGUCGUUAAUUUGGGCCAAAUGAUCGCCAGAGUCACUGGCGGUCAGUACAAGAGUAGCCUCCAUCGAGUGGUGAAUCGGAAUCCAACCGAUCGCUAUAGUGUGGUGUUCUUCGUGGAUGGCAAUUUGGACUUCAAGUUGCGGCGGCUGGAUAAGAGGCCAGAGGAGGAUCCGGAUGCGCCUACGGUGGCACAGCAUUUUCGGGAACUCUUGAUGGCGUCAUAUAAGCUUCCUAGGGAGCAUUGGAGUUGAUGUGCUGGGAUUGGGCGAUCCUUGUCUGGGAUAAGUCGCACAGAGUAGCAUUGCAUGAGGUGUGUGAUUAUUGAGAUGCGCUAUGGGUGUCACGACACACAGAAAGUUGCGGCCAACGAUACCGAUUACAGGCAUGAUGCAGUGCUAUUGGAAGAGAGUAAAAUUCCGGAAUGGUCGGAAAUGUAUGGAAUGUGGCAUCACAUGCGCAACCAGCCCUGCUAUGUUCUAACAGAAUCCCGGUCUACCAUUGGGGUAGCACAUGCAUGCUCCAGCAUUAGUGGGGCAGUAACCCACGGCCCUCCCCCGCACCAGAAAGACCCUUGAUCAAUGUUUAGGGCAGGAUCUUCUCCGCAUUCCCAAAAUAGACCAUAUCUCUCAACUC